GGUGUGUUCUGUUCAGUUCAGCUUUUGCUUCCGAGACUACCGAGUGUGAGUUACCGAGCUCUGAACGUGUGUACGUUGUCGGUCCGUUGCGCUUUGCAAAUUCCUCAAAUCUUAAUCCGCCCCAUCUUUUCUGAUUUAUUUUCUGCUUGACCGGACUCGUGAAAAAGCCAGAAUGUCUGAUAAAACUCGCGUUUGCAUCGUAGGCUCUGGAAACUGGGGCUCGGCGAUCGCUAAGAUUGUCGGUGCUAAUUGCGCCAGGCUUAGCAAUUUCGAUGAUCGAGUUACCAUGUAUGUUUAUGAAGAGAUGAUCGACGGAAAGAAGCUGACCGAGAUUAUAAACACCACCCACGAGAAUGUCAAGUACCUGCCCGGUCAUAAACUGCCUUCAAACGUUGUUGCCAUUCCAGACAUUGUAGAAGCCGCAAAGGAGGCUGAUAUACUUAUCUUCGUUGUGCCACAUCAAUUCAUCCGUAAUUUCUGUUCUAGUCUUUUGGGAAAAAUUAAGCCAACCGCGGUGGCAAUUUCAUUAAUUAAAGGAUUCGACAUUGCCGAAGGCGGUGGCAUUGACCUUAUUUCUCAUAUCAUCACAAGGCACUUGAAGAUACCAUGUUCAGUGUUGAUGGGAGCUAAUCUAGCAAAUGAAGUAGCAGAAGAGAAAUUCUGUGAAACCACAAUUGGUAGUCGGGAUAUGAAAAUGGCACCAACUUUCCGGGACCUGUUCCAAGCUCAUCAUUUUCGUGUUGUUGUCGUUGAUGAUGUAAAUGCUGUUGAAGUUUGUGGUGCUCUGAAAAAUAUCGUUGCUUGCGGAGCUGGCUUCGUCGACGGUUUGGGACUUGGAGACAACACAAAAGCAGCUGUUAUCCGAUUAGGUCUUAUGGAAAUGAUUAAGUUUGUUGAUAUCUUCUAUCCGGGUAGCAAAUUAGCCACAUUUUUCGAAAGUUGUGGUGUUGCUGAUCUAAUUACCACAUGUUACGGUGGCCGUAAUAGGAAAGUUUCAGAAGCCUUUGUGAAGACAGGUAAAUCCAUCAAAGAGCUUGAAGCGGAAAUGCUCAAUGGUCAAAAAUUGCAAGGACCUAUUACAGCCGAGGAGGUUAACUUCAUGCUUAAAAACAAACAAAUGGAAGAUAAAUUUCCAUUAUUCACUGCAAUUCACAAAAUUUGUUCAGGAACUAUCCAAGCUAAAGACCUUAUUGAUUGCAUACGUAAUCAUCCAGAGCACAUAUCGCAAAGACAACAGCCUUUGGAACACCAUAAAGAAAUAUCAGUUUGUUACUACCCUAAAUAAAAUCUUGCCGACUAUUUGUAAAUGCAUUCUCCCCACACACUCUCUACAGACCCUUUGAAUUCAUUUUCAAUAAAGUCAAAACAUAAUGUAAUUGUGCAAACAAAUAGCAAUACCUAUGUAGAGUAGUAAAAUUACAUUAAAGCUUUUGAUGGCACCAAAACUGAUUGCCGCAAUGUGCACUAGCAAAUAUUUUAAAAUAUUGUAAACAUAAUUUUUUGUCCUAUUGAAAUUAAUAUAUCGCAUUGUUACAUAAAAUAUGAAGAAGGAUAUAUUUUAGAU